UGCAGCAUUACGGACACCUAAAUCAGACGUCCGUGUCUUAGAAGACAUACGGUAGCGCUUCCGCCUUCGUUCAAAUCUCAGAAAAGGAGGGGCAGGGUACGUCAUCUUCGUGCGUCGGCUCGUCCGCGUCGCGCCGACGGCUGGCGCAGCCCUUCGCUCGCCCGGCCUCCCCCUCCCUGGUUCUGCGCUCUGGUUCCGCCAUGGAAUCCAACAAGGAUGAAGCCGAGCGCUGUAUUAGCAUCGCCCUCAAGGCCAUCCAGAGCAACCAGCCCGACCGGGCGCUCCGCUUCCUGGAGAAGGCACAGCGGCUGUACCCGACGCCGAGAGUUCGCGCCCUGAUCGAGUCCCUCAACCAGAAACCACAGACUUCCGGUGACCAGCCCCAACCCACAGAUGCAACCCAUGCCACCCAUAGGAAAGCAGGUGGGACCGAUGUCCCCUCGGCCAACGGUGAAGCUGGAGGAGGAGAGAGCGCCAAAGGCUAUACUGCAGAACAAGUCGCAGCUGUGAAAAGGGUCAAGCAAUGUAAAGAUUACUAUGAGAUCCUGGGGGUAAGCAGAGGGGCCUCGGAUGAGGACCUGAAGAAGGCCUACCGCAAAUUGGCCCUCAGAUUCCACCCAGACAAGAACCACGCGCCUGGUGCCACUGAAGCUUUCAAAGCCAUCGGCACAGCAUACGCGGUACUCAGCAAUCCGGAGAAAAGGAAGCAGUAUGACCAGUUCGGUGAUGACAAGAGCCAGGCAGCCCGGCACGGCCACGGGCAUGGGGACUUCCACCGUGGCUUUGAGGCGGACAUCUCCCCGGAAGACCUCUUCAACAUGUUCUUUGGGGGCGGCUUCCCUUCUAGUAACGUCCACGUCUACAGCAACGGCCGCAUGCGCUACACCUACCAGCAAAGGCAGGACCGCAGAGAGAACCAGGGUGACGGCGGGCUAGGAGUAUUCGUCCAGCUGAUGCCCAUCCUCAUCCUGAUCCUCGUGUCAGCCCUCAGUCAGCUCAUGGUCUCCAGUCCACCCUACAGUCUGAGCCCAAGACCGUCCGUGGGCCACAUCAACAAGCGAGUCACUGACCACCUGAGCGUCGUCUACUACGUGGCAGACACCUUCUCUGAGGAGUACACAGGUUCCAGCCUCAAAGCAGUUGAACGGAAUGUGGAAGAUGAUUACAUUGCCAACCUCCGAAACAAUUGUUGGAAGGAAAAGCAGCAGAAGGAAGGCUUGCUGUACCGGGCCCGCUACUUUGGCGACACAGAUAUGUACCACAAAGCACAGAAGAUGAGCACCCCCAGCUGUAGCCGACUGUCAGAGGUGCAGGCCUCCCUGCAUGGAUAGUCCUGGGCCAGCCACGCCACCGAGGUCCAAACUAUGAAAUCCCUGGAGAACUUUUGGUGACAUGCACUGAGCCAAGGUGAUGGACUGUAUAUUUAAGGAAAGACAAAAAACAUUAAAAUGGAAUUGGAGGCCGAACGCCGCACAACCGCCCUCUCUCUCACCCAGUACAUGCAGAAAGCUCUUAGGACAGAAAGCCUGCCACGGGGCUGCUUCCCUCCCUCCCUCCCAGGGCUGGCAGAGGCUGCUCAUCGGCUCUCUCCUAGGAUACAGAAACCAUGGCAACGAAAGUAGAAUGUAAAACUUGCAGCAAGUAUCUGUGGGAAGGGCUGGGGGAGGGGGGCGCCCAACUGCCUUUCCUCCCCCUCCCAGGAGCCACCAGCGGUCACCUCUCAGGAGAAGCCAGAGGCAGUGGCCAAGGAUAGCGAGGAGAAGAAAGAGAAAUCCACAGAAUAUAAUUUAUAGAUGCGUGUGUAUGUAUAUAUAUCUAUUUAUAUGUAAAUAGGCAUAUAUAAAGAUAUAUAUAUGUAUAUAUAUAUAGUCUACUUUUUAAACUAUGCAGGGAUUUGGUUAAGUUGUUCAGCUGAUUCUCUCCAUGUUUUAGAAAAUAAGGCCUACUUGAGGAAAGCGUCUAGUCCUUCAAAAGCUAGAUGUCAGCCAUAGCUGACAGCAUGAGGAAGGUCAGGUCAUGUGCUUUUGACGCCCCCCGAAACCCUAGCCUGUUUUUGAUGGCAGCAGUAAUCAUGAUAGUAUAAACCCAUGAAGGGCGCCAGGUUUAUGGCUAAGCCGAAGAGGGGAAAGGUGGUGGGGGGGCGGGGUACCGGAUCAGUGUUGAGUCUUGGUAGAAGCCCCAGACAGGACCUGCUCGAGUGAGACCACCCGUCUCAAGCUACCCCUUCCCCUCUGGCCAGCUCUGGCAGGCCCUUCGCCAUGGUGCCCAGAAGCCCUCCAGCCCCUGUCCACGGAAUGGCAGGCCUCGGAUGGGGGCCAGGUUCUGCCUAACCACUUCUCUCCCCCAAGUCCCUAGGUGGGUUUUGCCUUCCAGGUGCCACAGGUCCCAGCUCCAUCAUUGCCACUGGUUUUUCCUAAGUCGUGCAUCAAGGACUCCAGAAGGCGCUUCCUCCAAGAGUCAGCCAGUGGUGCCCGGGACCCCAGGGCAGCAGCCCCGACUCCUGAAGAAAAGUUGAUGCCGGUGGGCACUUCUGUCUGCACCUCUGUGGACGUGACUCCAGCAGGCCUCCUCUUGCACUUUGGACAAAGGAUACCCCUGAACCAGAAUAAUUUUCUUACCCUCACCUUCAAAUGAGGAUUUUUCUCAAAUCAGCAGCUGCUGCCAGGGGAAGGAAGGAAGGUCUUACUUAUUUCCACAGUUUCUACUGGGCCUUUCGGAAUUACCACUUUUCCCGAGUUUUCCUGGGGCGGUGGGCGUGUCACUGAGCCUGCCACCUUGCAAAGCCUUACUUCCCCACGCUGCCAGCCAGGAGGUGAUAACUACCCUCCCCAAGUUUCUCUUGGCUCUUUUUUAAAAAGUCCCCCAACAGAUAGAGUCUUGCUGGGAAAGGAAGUUCGGUAAGGAAAUGUCAAAUCUGGUUUUUAAACAAGGUCCCACCCUGCAAUGAAGCGGCCACCUCAGCCCAGAGAGGUCAUAACUGGACGCGGGCCCGAGUGCCUGCCCGCGGUGGCCCUGGUGCUCUGCCCCACCACCCUGACCAUCCGAUCUCGGUAGAUCUCCCUGGAUGGGCUGAGCCAUGUGCAAUAAGAACACAGAUCCCGAGGGAUCCCCAAGAAGCUGUAUUUCUUGAAUUAGGAUUCUGAAAUUGUACAUCUAUAAAUAUACGUUUAUUAUGUGAUUGGC